AUGGCUGAUUUUUUAAGAGAUUUCUUAAUAGGUGGUUUUUCAGCUGCUGUUUUAUAGACUGUUUUUAGUCCAUUUUAUAUGAUCAAAUUGUAUACCUCAAAUGAUUAGAAAUACAAAGGUAUUUUUGAUCACAUCAUCUCAUUUCAUAGAAAUUAGGGCUUUGCUAUGUGGAGAGGUAAUAUCAUCAGAAUUUUCCCUGCCCAAGGUCUGAACUUUGCUUUCAAAGAUGAAUAUAGGAAGUUGUUCUGCCAUUUUGGUAUAGAGUACCCAAAGAAAGAGAAAUUCCUCUUCUUCUUAGGAAAUAUUGCUUCAGGGAGUGCAGCUGGUGCUACAUCAUUGAUCAUAUUUCAUCCACUCGAUCUUGGAAGAACAAGAUUGUCUGCAGAUAUUGAAAAGAAUAAUGCCAGGCAAUUCAUUGAUUUAACAGAUUGUUUGAGCAAAGUUUAUAAGUCUGAAGGUUUCAUCGGAUUAUACAGAUAUUUUGGAGUCUCAGUUAUGCAAGUGAGUUUAUAUAGAGGUCUCUAUUUUGGUGCUUAUGAUACAGCAAAAGAAACUAUAUUCUAACAGUGGUUGAUGGGUAACAUUUUUGUAAAAUGCUUUGUUGCUUUUUACAUCCAUCAAAUAUCUGAUUUCAUCUUAAGGCCACUUGAUACAAUUAGAUAAAGAAUGAUGAUGUAAUUUAAGAGAGCUGAUACUCUCUAUAAAAAUACCCUGGAUUGUGCAGUCAAGAUUGCUAAAAAAGAAGGAACAUAAGCAUUUUUUUAGGGAAAAAAUUACUCGAGAGGAUUUUAAUCAUUCGCUUUAGUUCUGUAUGAUGAAAGCAAAUAAAUUAUUGCUUAUGGUUCUAAAUCUGCAUUGGAUUAAUGA